AUGUUUUCAAAUGUAUUGAGUUGUCCUCUCAUUCAUGGCACAUCCGGUCUCCCUGUAGAAGUAGUCGGUCUCAUUAUUGCUUAUUAUAUGGAGGACGCGGAUUUUUUAGAACCAUCCCUUAUGAAUAGUGCAAAUCGCCGACUAUUGUGUUCUGCUCCUUUGUGUCACUUACUCUCCUUGCGCUUAUUGUCCAAGUCGUGGAACGAUGCGAUCAUUCCAUUUGUGUACAAGGAUUUGUAUUUGGCUACUCCGGCAAUGUGUAUGGGUAUUUUGUUAUCUUUUAACGGUUCACAUCGUUUUGCUAUUUUUUCUGGUUUGCGAAAGAUUUGUUUGUCUGGGGUAGUGUUUGUGUCGGAAUGUGUCAAACAUGGUUCGUCACUUGGUGGCUCGAAUGGGAAUCAAGAUGGUCGUUGUAUUCCGGGUAAUGUUACAAAUCACUCAGCAAUUGGAAUGGAUCUGGAAGCGGAGCUCAUUGGUGUCUGUGGUGGUAGCUUGGAAGAAUUAGAUUCCAUUUUAUUUCACUCAGUGGGUUUCUCUCCGGACUUGCGUGUUGCCAUUGGUGGUAUGGAAAAACUCAAGGCACUGGGCAUUGUCGGUGGGAUGUUUCGUAAUACGUGGAACGAUUCGGAUUCUUUGGUCUCUCUUCUCAAUUCGACGCCUUCAUUGGAAUCUUUGUCAAUCCGGUGCGCGUCCUUGGCCUGCUUAAAGUUGGACGUGGGCGCUCUACCGAAUCUGGUGCAUCUUUGUUUAGUGGUAGAGCGUAACAAUGUUGGGGCGUUUGUUGAUCUUUGCGAAUCCGAAGGCAGGAAUGUGAGGUUCCUUGAGCUCACAAUUGCUGCUGGCCGGGAUCAAGCUGGCCCUAUUGUGUUGGCUUUGAAACACUCCCUGGAAGCGGUGUUCAUCGAUCCUAGCCCUUCUCGGCUGCCUACAGACGUACUCGACCUGACCUUCCCUCGCCUUCGUGUGCUGCGUUGUGUGAGAUGCGAUUCAACCCCGGCGUCUUACUCUUGGUUACGAAUUCCUGUCUAUCAAACUAUGGAAGUACUGGUGACCAGCUAUCGGCACGCUAAUGGUUAUUGGAAAAACCUACUCGAUUUGAUGCAAUAUGUGCCAGUGGUGUUGCCUCCGAAGUUCAAGACCAUACUUUUUGUAAACUCAAGAGGUCCGGAAUUGUACGAUGAUGAAUUAGUCCAGGCGUUCAGAUAUUACGGGAUUAAAUGUAUGUUCACAUAUCACCUGACCUACAAGGAAGUAAUUGGUGAUGAGCUUCUCGCAUGCAUGGCUGCUGAUGUGGUUAUCUUGUUUGUGGCGUUUUGA